UUGGGUGUAUUUAAUCAGCUACAUAAGCACAGUCAGGGGUCAGACAGAGAGAAAGGCAUUCUCUAAAGCACGUAAACUUGUCAGAAUGGCUUCCUCAUCAUCCUCAACGUUCAGCUCCUCUUUACUGAAGUGGAUGGACAUCCAGGUGCUGCUGGUGUCCACCAUUGUCUUUCUGCUUCUAGCGGACAUCAUGCGGAGGCGCAGGCCAAAGACCUUUCCUCCAGGUCCACUGUGUUGGCCUGUCAUAGGGAACACGGUCACCAUUGACUUCAAGAAAGCCCAUCUAGAACUGUGCCGGCUGGCUGAGCAGUAUGGGAAUAUCUACAGUCUUAAAAUGAGCUCCUCAUGGUCCGUGGUGCUGAACGGCUACAAGAUGGUGCGAGAAGCUUUGGUGACUCAAGGAGACACCAUGGCUGACCGGCCUGAGAGUGCACUUUCAAUGGAGGUGUCCAACCAUCUUGGUGUUGUCACCAGCAAUGGAUAUUUAUGGAGACAACAGCGCAAGUUUGCCCUAUUUACCCUCAAGUAUUUCGGAGUCGGCAAGAAGUCUCUUGAGUCAGCCAUUUUAGAUGAGUUUACCCAUCUAUCCAGAGAUAUUGAAGAACUUGAUGGUAAGCCAUUCAAUCCACACUUGCCUACAAACUACGCUGUUGCCAACAUCAUAUGCUCCCUUGUUUUUGGGCAUCGAUUUGAAUUCACCGACAAGAAGUUCCAAACACUGAUGGCUAUGUUUGAUAAAACUAUUGAACUUGAAGCCUCCAUUUGGGCACAGCUGUAUGACGCUUUCCCAAUGGUGAUGAAACGCUUACCAGGGCCUCACCAGACCGUCAGGAACAUCUAUGACCAUGUGAAAGUUUUCCUGAGGGAAGAAAUCGAGCAGCACAAGAAAGACUGGGAACCCUCAGAGCCAAGGGAUUACAUCGACUGCUACUUGAAUGAGAUUGAAAAGAGCAAGGAGAAUGCAGCUGCUGGCUUCACCGAGGACAAUCUGAUCAUGUGCUCCCUGGACUUGUUUGUGGCCGGCUCCGAGACCACGUCCACCACCCUGCGCUGGAGCUUUCUCUACAUGGCCAAGUACCCGGAGGUCCAAGAAAAGGUCCAGGCUGAGAUAGACAGAGUGAUUGGUCAGUCACGCCUGCCUACCAUGGCAGACAGGGCGGACAUGCCCUACACUGAUGCGGUCAUCCACGAGAUUCAGAGGAUCGGCAACAUUGCCCCACUGGGCCUGCCCCGGUAUACCACCAAAGAUGUGCAACUCGGCGACUACCUCAUUCCCAAGGGUACCGAGAUAAUAGCGAAUUUGACAUCAGUGAUGUUUGAUAAGGAAGAAUGGGAGACGCCGCACACUUUUAACCCAGGACACUUCUUGAACAAGGAGGGGAAGUUUGUGAAGAAUCCUGCCUUCAUCCCAUUCUCAGCAGGGAAAAGAGUGUGUCUCGGGGAAAGCCUAGCCAAGAUGGAGCUCUUUCUCUUCUUCACAUCCUUCCUGCAGCGGUAUACUUUUUCAAUGCCUGCUGGGGUGAAGCCUGUGAUGGAUUUCCGUUUUGGCAUAACCCUGGCACCCCAGCCAUAUGAAAUAUGUGCCACGCCACGCCAUCUGUGAAUGGUAGCAGAGGGCAGACUAUAACUUUGGUUCUCUGUACCAUCUUCUAUUUGACUUUACUUGCUGAGAAAGGGCAUUGCAGCAGGGAGAUUAAUGCUGGGUAUUUUUUGUGUUUUUAUUUUAAAACGGUUUUAUUGUACUUCAUUUUGAUCAGUGGUUAAAUUUCCAAAAAAUGAUGUGUAUACAACUGUACACACACACACACACACACACAGACACACACACAUUUUACUUCUUUAUUUGUGUUCAUUUACAAUUCAGAAUAAAUAUUACAUAAGGACACAAAUUUGACAGGUGCAAUAAUUGAUUCAAAAGAUUCAGUCAUGUGACACUGUUGACAAUAACAAAGCAGCAGCAUGAACAGAUGUUAUGGACAAACACACACACACACACACACACACACACACAGAGGAAGAGGGAGAGGGAGAGAGAGAGAGAGACACACACAAACAGUAUAAAUAGAUGGAACAGAAGCAGCUAAUCCAGCUAUUCUAUACCUUCAGGACUGGUGCUCAGCACCGUUUGAAAAUGGGGAUUUACUGCCCCUUAGUGGUUAGGGUGUGUAGCAAUCCUUUUAAAUAAAAAAAAUCCUAUUAAAAUGUAGUUUAAUUAAUAUUAUUUGAUUAUUUUAUACUAAACAUUGAGCGUAAUUGACUUUCUCUAUGUAACAUUUGACAACUGAACAUAUGGACUUGAUGACAAUAGAUUAAAUGUAUGUGAAUGUACUCUGUUCUGGUUUUAUUUAGCCGUUGUUAUUGUUGUUGCUGUUUAGUUGUCACAUAAUUAUAGCAAUUAUAGAACAAACAGUAUCUCAAUACAGUUUUUGAGUAAAUAAUUUACCACAGUACCAAAGAAUGUACUUAUGUUGUGAUAGCCUUUGUACUUUCAAAUAAAACAUUAACUUAUGCACAGUU